CCUCCUAAGAUGCCGGCGCGGUGGCGCGCGGCCCCCAAGAUGGCGUCCAUGCGGGAGAGCGACACAGGCCUGUGGCUGCACAACAAGCUGGGCGCCACCGACGAGCUCUGGGCGCCGCCCAGCAUCGCGUCCCUGCUCACGGCCGCGGUCAUCGACAACAUCCGCCUCUGCUUCCACGGCCUCUCGUCGGCCGUGAAGCUUAAGCUGCUGCUCGGGACGCUGCACCUCCCGCGUCGCACGGUGGACGAGAUGAAGGGUGCCCUGAUGGAGAUCAUCCAGCUCGCCAGCCUGGACUCAGACCCCUGGGUUCUCAUGGUCGCUGACAUUCUGAAGUCCUUUCCAGACACGGGGUCGCUUAAUCUUGACCUUGAGGAGCAGAAUCCCAAUGUUCAAGAUAUUUUAGGAGAACUUAGAGAAAAGGUGGGCGAGUGCGAGGCAUCCGCCAUGCUGCCACUGGAGUGCCAGUACUUGAAUAAGAACGCCCUGACCACCCUCGCUGGGCCCCUCACACCCCCGGUGAAGCACUUUCAGUUGAAGCGGAAGCCCAAGAGUGCCACGCUGCGGGCGGAACUCCUGCAGAAGUCCACUGAGACCGCGCAGCAGCUGAAGAGGAGUGCGGGAGUGCCCUUCCAUGCCAAGGGCCGGGGGCUGCUCCGGAAGAUGGACACCACAACCCCUCUCAAAGGCAUCCCGAAGCAGGCGCCCUUCAGAAGCCCCACCACACCCAGCGUCUUCAGCCCUACCGGGAACCGGACCCCUAUCCCGCCUUCGAGGACACCCCUGCGGAAAGAAAGGGGCGUGAAGCUGCUCGAUAUCUCUGAGCUGGAUAUGGUCGGUGCUGGCCGAGAAGCAAAGAGAAGAAGAAAGACGUUAGAUGCAGAGGUGGUGGAAAAGCCAGCCAAGGAAGAGACAGUCGUUGAAAACGCCACCCCGGACUACGCAGCCGGCCUGGUGUCUACACAGAAACUUGGGUCUCUCGGCAGUGAGCCUGCGCUGCCCUCCACCAGCUACCUUCCCUCCACACCCAGCGCGGUGCCUGCUGCCUCCUACACACCCAGCUCUGAGACCCCGCCAGCCCCAUCUUCCCGGGAAGCCAACUUGCAGGCCAGCCGGCCGCCCGAGGAGCCCAGCACCCCAAGCCCCACGCUACCAGCACAGUUCAAGCAGAGGGCUCCCAUGUACAACAGCAGCCUAAGCCCAGCCACACCCACGCCUGCAGCUCCCACCUCGCCCCUGACUCCUACCACGCCUCCAGCUGGCACCCCUGCCGCCCAGACACCCCCGGUGGCCAUGGUGGCCCCGCCGACCCAGCCCCCUGCCCAGCAACAGCCUAAGAAGAACCUGUCCCUCACGAGAGAGCAGAUGUUUGCUGCCCAGGAGAUGUUCAAGACGGCCAACAAAGUCACGCGGCCCGAAAAGGCCCUCAUCCUUGGCUUCAUGGCCGGCUCCCGAGAGAACCCAUGCCAGGAGCAAGGGGACGUGAUCCAGAUCAAGCUCAGUGAGCACACAGAGGACCUGCCCAAGGCGGACGGCCAGGGCAGCACCACCAUGCUGGUGGACACAGUGUUCGAGAUGAACUACGCCACGGGCCAGUGGACGCGCUUCAAGAAGUACAAGCCCAUGACCAACGUUUCCUAGGGACCGCCCGCCUCCACGGCUGGUCCCCAACCCACCUUCCCGGCCACUGAUGCACUGCUGAGCCCCAGCCUGUUUAAGUUUUAGAUUCACUUUUCUGGCGUGUUUUGGGGGUUAUUUUUUUAAAUUUUAAUAUGGGUUACUUUUUGUGUGAUUUAAGACACAUUUUUGGAUUCAGUAUACAUUUUUGAACUUCAGAGUUAACCAAAGAAGUUACAACUUCCUAGUUUUAGUGACAGCUCUGCCUGUUAAGACUUUUACCACUUUUUAUUUUUUCUUAAAGAAAUUCCACUGACUGAGUGAGGGCUUUUCAUUGCUAGUGCAACACCCUCCCCACCCCGUGAGGUUGAGGGGACCAAAGGUGGUGCUGAGGUGAUGCUGGGGACGCCGCAGCGAUGCCAGAGAACAGGAGGCGAUGGGCCUCACCCACUGUCACGCCUGCCUGAGAGUUUUGUAUUUGUCUUUUGUACAGUUGUGGACACUUAAGACCAGUCUUCGAGUACCUAUUUUCAUUGUAAAACUAUCUGAACAAUUAAAGUUUAGCUUUUCUAAAGAAA